GCUGUCGUCACACAAGGUUAAUCAGCUAGCACCCCUGCAGGAGACGAGUCAUGACAUCCGGAUUCACCUGUCCAAACUUCACCGGGAACAAAGGAGGGAAAAUCCACAGCAGCAGAGGCAGGCCUGCAUCAGAACACUGCGCAAGAUUCUCAGGAAAAUGCCCUUUGAGCGUUCCGCCCGAGAGCACCACACGGUGUUCAAGGGUCUGCAGCUGUUCUCCACGAUGGCUGACCAGGUCAGUGAUGAGGUCCUGAAGGAGAUGGCCACCGUGGCCAAACUGGACGUCUGGAGGGAGACGGGUGUGCCUGUGUUUGGUAACCAGGGGUUGCACCUGAUCCUGAAAGGCAGUGUCAGACCCCAGACCCUGCCCUACAUCAAGCUGCUGAGCCAGGUGGCAGAGUUUGACUGCCCCACUCCCAUCCUGGAGGACAUCACACCUGAGCUUGGAGUUGGAGACUGUUUCGGAACUCUGGAAAGAGUAGAAGGUAGAGAGUCCAACAGCAGAAUUCUGACUGUGUUGACCCAAGAGCCCUGUGAGUUUCUCAUCAUCUACAGCAAUGACUACAAGAAAGUGGUCGAGCAACUUGAACACAGAGACAAGUCUGAGAAGACCCAACUAGUCCAGGCAUGUCCUGUCUAUCAGCUCUGGCCACGCCUUGCCGUGGGACAACUGGCCAGGAUUAUCAGUUGGGAGCAGUUUGACCCAAACUGGGUGGUGGUGACAGAGGGAAGUAAGGCCCCCUUCAUAGCCUUUAUCAAGUCAGGGGAGUGCCAUGUCCUGCGGGAGGUUGAGGCUCUCCACAAACUACCAAACGGCCAAAGGGUGAAAAAGAGAAAACAGGUGGUGGUCGGCAGGUUGAAGGAGUUUGAAUCGUUCGGGGAGGUCAGCAUCCUGGAGAACAUGCCAUUUACCUGUUCUGUUGUCACGGCAACCCCCGUUUCUAUGGGAGUCAUCACGGAGGAGAAAUUAUCAGAACUUGAUGACACCACACGACAACUGCUGCUCCAGUCCUCUGCACCAAACUUUGCCCAUCUUUCUCAGGAUGACAUCCACAAUGAAUACAUGUCCCAAGAGAUGAAGAGAGAGUGGAACGAAUAUAAGCAUGGGAUUGUGAUUGAGUCCAUCAAUGCUCUUGGUAUCCGUCCAGGCUAUGGGAAGUGGAAGAAGUCAUAGACUUAUGCUGCAUCUUCUCCUUACUGUUGUAUAUAAUUUUAUAAGAUAACAGUAUGAAAAUACUGAAAGGACAAAACUGAUGCGUACUGAGUAUGCAAGGAGAGAUUGUACUAUAGUAAGAACAAGUGGCCAAAACUUAUUGUAUAGAUUGUUGCCAUUGCUGCAUUUAACCAAGGACAUGAUAUAACGUCCUUGAUUUAACAAGAAUGUUCUAUAUUUUCCUAAUCAUGAUGUUUAAAAACUGUGCAUAAGCAGAAAAGCUUCUGUAUAUAGAAAUUGUACUGAUGUAAGGCAAGCCCAGAUGGAACAUAACUGAACUUUGUGAACUUGUAUAGAUGAAACACUACCUGCAUGAUAAUAGGGAACAUUUUUGCACUACAGAAAAGUGUGAAGAAUGCAGUCCCAAAUGUGAGAGAUGGUCACCGAAACGUUGGCCAAGUAUAAACUCUUUGGUUGUGUACAAGAACCUUUGUUAGUCAUUGAUUUUAAGAAAAUAUUCACAUACGUAUCAAAUACUGUAAUUCCUGACUUUUUUUAAUGUACUUUUAUGUUUACAGUUUUCACAAUGAUGACUGUUACGUGAAAUUAUCAUUACCGAUAACAAAUAAAUCACUGAUUUAUUUUUUUUACAUGCACCUGCUGCCACCGUGAACAUUUAGUUUUGAGAACAAGUUAAAUUUUCUCAGACUGUGAAAGUUAGGACAAAGUGAAUUACAAUAUGCCCUUUUUCUUGCCUUGCCCCAACUAUAUUUGUCAUCUUUCUGAACAGAAACAUGUAUAAAGUUAGUUCCGAGUAGUCUUCUGGUUCUGAAACAUUGUCUCAAAACCUACAACAAAAAAUGAUGAAUGCCCAAUGUUCUACAGGGUAUGAUUGCUUGCUUGUAACACAUGACAACACAUAUGCAUGUACAGUGUAUGUAUCAGUUCCCAUGUAAAUAGUUUACUUAAAAAGCUGGGCUGCAAUAAAUAUGUAAAAAGUAUUGAGCUGAGUUGUCUUGCCUAUUUAUUGUAAUUGAGUGGUUAUAAACUCAAAAGUUAUUCAUGUAUGCAUAACUAGAUUAAAUGCUAUCUGUACAAUAUGAGCU